CGCUGUAGGCGGAAACUAAACAUCAGUUUGUAAACUUUGCACAGUUGUUGUGGUUGAGACGAUUUGCCUCAAUUAUUGUUAUUUUUGUCAUAUUGUGCGGGUCGUUGAAGCUGCGUGUAGGCCAAUGUCCACGAAGGCGGAGUAGUAAAGACGUGUGGACAUCGAGUGACAACUGAACAAUCGGCGAAAGAUAGCUAACGACGUUAUCCAUCACUGUUUCACCUGCACGAAGCAGUGGGCAGACAGACAGACACGCACCAGAUAGCACAACAACAGCUGAGCCAGGUCAUCCGGGUUGUAUGCUAAAUUACAUUUCAAUUUCGCAGCGAGCAGUCCACUGAAUUGAAGACAAAGCAGCGUGAAGUACCGCAAACGCAACAGCAUCAGCUGCGGUUAACGUCUUGUUUUAGUGGGCGGACAUUCCUCGGAUCUAGAGGGCUUGCACUGACACGACAGGUAGGCUAUUGACGGUCGUGGAGGUGCGCUCAGGGGGGUGGUGGUAAUAACGGAUUAAUAACAACAAGAAGAACGACGCCACAGGUUGUUAAUAACAACAUUACGACUGGAAGUCCGACAUCAACAGCUGUUAUCAGUGAGUGAGUGUCCUCCUCGCCAUGGCGGCAGAAGCAGCAACAGACGACGUGCUGCUCAGUUCCGAUGGAGGUGACUCCGAUUCGGGGGACGAUGAGGACGCGAUGGUAGGCGGCCUACCUGCGUCUGGGUCAGGUUCAGCCGGGGACAGGAGAGGGGUGAAGCGGGAACGGGCUGAGAUGGAGCUCGGUGCUGCCUCCUCCUCUUCUUUGGCAUCGAUGGCCCUGACAACACGGUCGGGAUACCACGGAGCCACGGCAGGGACCCACACGGCGACAGGGGCCAAGCCGGGCAAGAAAACUCGGGGCCGAGUGAAGAUCAAGAUGGAGUUCAUUGACAACAAGCUGAGGAGAUACACCACCUUCAGCAAACGGAAGACGGGGAUCAUGAAGAAGGCAUAUGAGUUGUCUACUCUGACGGGUACCCAGGUCCUGCUCCUGGUGGCCAGUGAGACGGGUCAUGUUUACACCUUUGCAACACGGAAACUACAGCCCAUGAUCACCAGCGAAACUGGUAAGGCUCUUAUCCAGACAUGUCUGAACUCCCCUGACUCACCUCCCCCUCGCUCUGGUGUCAACGCUGACCCCUGCAGUGAGCAGCGUAUGAGCGCCACAGGCUUCGAGGAGACGGAACUCAGCUACCAGGUUACCGAGGCAACGCAGGACGGCAACGCACCUGAGAAGGUUGGCAUCUCCCUUUCUUCCCUGCAGACCUCCACUCCUCCCUCAUCCUCAUCCCCCUCUUCUUCCUCCUCUCCACCUCCACCUCCUCCCCUCUCCUCCUCCUCCUCCUCCACUCCUUCCUCUGCUGUUGCUGCAGCGCCGCCCUCCUGGCCAGGUCUGGCGUUGCAUCCCUCCAACAUCACGACUGUGUUGAAGAGCACCAAUGCGCACAGCGCACACGCAAACAUACACGCACUCACCAGUGCGCACACAAAUACACACACGUUCACACUCACCAGUGUCAACGCAAAUGCACACACGCUCACAAACUCAAAUGCCGUUACGCACGCGCUCGCAAACGUAAACGCGCACGCAUUCACAAACGUCAGCGCAAGCGCCCACGCGCAGCCUCUGGUUGUUGCGGCGACCAACGCCAGUGCGAACCCCACCCCGACCUCCUCCGCCAACACCACUGGGGUCGUCCUGCCACCAGGCUUCACCAUCAUGACAGGCAUGCCUCUGCCUCCCGGCGCCCACACCAUCCCCUUUGGCCACGCGCUGCCAGCCCACCACACCAUCACCCUCCAGCCUGCUUCUUCCUCUAUGGUGCCCACCUCUGGCACCGUGGUCUCGCUAGCGCCAUCUGGCGCCGUGGUGCCCACCUCGCUGGCGCCAGCCGGCGUAGCGUCUCUGUCACAGCCUACCGCCAUGGUGUCAGGUGUGCUUCCGCUCUCUGCCUCGAUGGCGCCAUCUGCUGCUGUCAUGGUGCCCGCCUCCGCCGCGUCUCUGCUGCCCGCUGGUGCGGUGCUGUCCUCUUCUUCGGUGGUGCCUGCCUCUGGUGUGGUUUCUGGUUCGCUAGCGCCACCUACUGCUACUGCUGUGAUGGUGCCGGCCUGCUCCUCCACUGCUGCUGCCGCGCUGCUCUCUUCUUCUUCUUCUACUCCUACUUCUUCCUCUGUGGUGCCUGUGUCCGUCUCUGUCUCUGCAGUGCCUGGUGUGCUCUCUGGCUCUCUACCGCCACCUGCUGCCGUGGUGGUGUCUUCUGCGGUGGGCACCAACGGUGCUGGUGUUCCUCAGGUAUUGCAACUGCAGUCCUCUUCCGCUCCACACGGCGGCGCUGUGGCCACACACACCACUGACUCCACCAAUGCAGCUAGCGGCAAUACCAAUGUGUCUCAUGCGGGGGCGACCAUCAUCACUUCCUCGUCCUCGUCGGUGGGGGCGGGGUCAGCGGGUCACAUGGUGUACCCCAGCCCUCACACCCUCAUGUACGCCACGCCCACCCAGGCCCUCAGCCAGUCACAGGAGCCAGGAGCGGUGCCUCAGAUGUUUUUCACGGGUCCUCAAGGCAGUGUGCAGAUCCCCGUCUCUGUCCCGCUACACUCGAUGCUGAUUGGUCAACAGCAACAAGGGGGAGGAGCCACAAACCUGACUGAGCUACGGGUGGUCACCCUGGACCAAGCCAAAGCCGACUGAUGCACACACACACACACACACACACACACACACACACACACACACACACACACACACACACACACACACACACACACACACACACACACACACACA